AUGCAGUACGAAGAAGAGGAGAAGAGCUUUGAGCCUAAGAUCCUCUCCAAGUACGCCGGCGAGGACGCCCCCGAGGCGCCAGGAACUUCAUCGGCGGCGGAGCAAGCACCCAAGGAAGCACCUAAGCAAGCACCCAAGACACCUCCACCCAGCGAGACCCCUCCGGCUUCGAGCUCAUACUAUCUCAGGAAGGCGGACGGGGCCGUGGACGGGGCCGUGAACGCGGCAGAGGACGUGGAGGGACACAACAGGCAUCACAAGGGAACGGUUUACAAUGGAUUCCACAAAGUGGCUAUCGUGCGGGGAACAGUGGACGACGUUCCGGCAGUCCUCCAUCUCCUAGACACCGCAGUCAAAUGGCUAGUAUCGCGUAACAGAAUUGGGCAGUGGGGAGCAGCACCGCUUUCUGAGAAUCCACAACGCGCCGAACGACUCAGAGAAUUUGCAACAACCGGCCUUGGUCUUUGGCUCGCUAUCAAGGUUGCUGAUGACACGCCCAUGCUGGGCCAAAAUCAACUCUCUAAUACAAACCCCCAAACUAUGAACGGAGAAGCUCCGGGGGUCAUCAUAGGAGCGCUUGCUAUUGGAGAGAGGAUGCCUUAUGUGCCAGCUGUCUCUGAGCCUGAGCUUUACGUGCGCUUAUUAGUCUCGGAUCGACGAUGGGCUGGCAACCAGAUUGGCCAACGACUUUUGGAAUAUGCACGUGAUCUUGCCAACGGAGCUGGAGUCUCAUUACUACGGGUGGAUUGCUAUGCAGGUGGCGACGGCAAAUUGAUCCAAUAUUAUGAGUCUCAAGGGUUUAAACGAUCUGAAAGUUUGAACCUGGAAGGCGACUGGCCUUGUCAAGUGCUUGCUCAACGGUUAGACAACGUCAUUGAAUUAGUAAAAGUCGGUCAGAAGUGGUGGCAACGCCUUCUCGAGGCCUGGCGGUUGGAGGCUUACGUAGAGAAGGUGCGUUUAGAUGCGCCCUUCGAGCUGGCUUCGAACAACUUGCUCGGGUCCUCGCAGCUCAACGGCUCUGGGGGGUCACAAUAG